CCUAGGAGAGCUAAGUCUCCCUCGUGCUUCGGGGAUUUGGUACGAUCCGCGUCAUGUGACGUAGUUCCGCUUCCGGCUCCCUGUGCAGCUCCGUCAUGGCCUCCUCGGGGGCGAGUCGUAGCAAUACUGCGUCUCAGCGGCCGCCGCAGGGGCGCUCCUCACGACAGGACAAGUAUUCGGUGCUUUUGCCCACCUACAACGAACGCGAGAACCUGCCGCUCAUCGUGUGGCUGCUGGUGAAGAGCUUCUCCGAGAGUGCGAUCAACUAUGAAAUUAUAAUCAUAGAUGAUGGAAGCCCAGAUGGGACAAGAGAAGUUGCUGAACAACUGGAAAAGAUCUAUGGGCCAGACAAAAUUCUCCUAAGACCACGGGAGAAAAAGCUGGGCCUCGGAACUGCCUAUAUUCAUGGGAUAAAACAUGCCACAGGAAACUAUGUCAUCAUUAUGGAUGCUGAUCUCUCACACCAUCCCAAAUUUAUUCCUGAAUUUAUCAGGAAACAAAAGGAGGGUAAUUUUGAUAUUGUCUCCGGAACUCGCUACAAGGGAAAUGGGGGUGUUUAUGGCUGGGAUUUGAAAAGAAAACUGAUCAGCCGUGGGGCCAAUUUUAUAACUCAGAUUUUGCUGAGACCAGGAGCAUCGGACUUAACAGGAAGCUUCAGGUUAUACCGAAAAGAAGUUCUACAGAAAUUAAUAGAAAAAUGUGUCUCCAAAGGCUAUGUCUUUCAGAUGGAGAUGAUUGUUCGAGCAAGACAGUUGAAUUACACCAUUGGUGAGGUUCCAAUAUCAUUUGUGGAUCGAGUUUAUGGUGAAUCCAAGUUGGGAGGAAAUGAAAUAGUCUCUUUCCUGAAAGGAUUAUUGACUCUCUUUGCUACUACAUAAAAGAAAUUAAUCAUUUAUACUUAACCCUGUUCAUUUCAAUUAAAAGUAAGAGAAGCCUGGGUCACUGAUUUUUAUCAAUGUUCUUUUAACACAUGAGCCAAACAAAGGUAAGGUGCAUUUUAUACAGAUCUUUUCUCUGGAGAAACUCCAUUUUUUAUUUCAAAUUAAAAUUUAAAGUUCUUGGUUUAA